AUGAAGGCUACUGAGAACCAGCCAGAGACUGAGAAAAAUGGCUCUCAAUGCCUUGGUACUAUGAAUUCCAAUGUGACCCUUUGUAAGCCUGAUGAUGGGAAAAGCUUGCUGGAGUUGGAGAACGCUGAGAUUGAGAGUUUCUAUCAGAGACUCAACAAGUUGCACAACUCGUCUGGGCUGAACCUUCUGUGA